AUGAAGGUCAAAUUUGUUUCAUUGUUACUAAUAAUUAUUUCAGGUGUUGAAGCAAUAUCAAGUCAAGAUUCCAAUAUCAAUGAACAAGCACAUGACUUUAAAGGGAACUUAGAUGGAAAUGGAAACAUAAAGGUCUCUACGAGGUUGAACCAUAAAGUUGCGAUUAUGGAAAGUAAUAAUGAACACAGACACGGACUAUCUGUUACUAUAAGAAAAGGAGGAUCUGGAGGAGGAGGAGGAGGAGGAAGGGGAGGUGGAAGUGGCAAAGGAAGGGCGGUGGGUGGUGGAGCGGCUGCAGGAGUUCUCGGAGCUGGAGUUAUAGGUGGUUCAAGCGUCUAUCACGGGAGUCAUCACUCCAACAAUUCUGCUACAUCAUUAUCUGCUGUGCCACAUGUUUGUGUCUCAGCAUUUAUUUUAUGUUUGAGUUUUUGGCUUUAA